GCCCUGAGGUUUGCUGGCUCCUCCUCUUACAGCUUACCUGGCUUCAGCACAGUUUGAUCCCGGGAGUCUUAAGUGAGUGGAGCAGCGGCCAAGAGCAAGAUAAUAGAAUCCGAAGCCACGAAAGAAGAAGCUGACCCUGGGAUCUUGGACACCAGAUUUAGAUCCUGGACAGACCCAGACUUCCCGACAGAGCACUAAGCCAGACUAGAAGUCUGUCCACUGCCUGCUGCCCCAGGUCCUUCGAGCCCUCGUGAGCAGGAUCUAGCUCCGGGGUAGAAGUGAGGCUGCUUGCCUGAGGUAAAGCCCUGGACUCACUGCCCCAUCAUGUCCAGCUCCCUGCUGACUGGAGGUCAUGUGGUCAGCUUGACUCCCCAUGAGGAAUCCAGGAUGGCCCUGCACCCAACCCCCAGCCCUGGCCUCCCAGCCCUGUGUCCUUACUACACCACAGAGAGCUGGGGAGCCCAGCCUCUGAUGGCCCCCACACUCUGCAAAGGCAGUUCCAACAGGCUCCAGCAGGCCCAGCAAGCCGAGGCCAAAGCUCACUGCCUCCUUCAAUGCCCUGGGGAGCAGGACUCAGGGGCCUCACAGGAUCUGGACUCUUGCAUUGACUUCUCACUGGAGGCCCUCAACAAGAUGAUCCUAGAGCUAGACCCCACCUUCCAGUUGCUUCCCCCUGGCAUUGCUGGUCCCCAGGCUGAGUCUACCAACAGUAUGUCUUCAAGGAACAAGAAGGAGGAACCUGAAGCCUUAGAUAUAAAGUAUAUCGAAGUGACUUCCACCAGAUCAAGAUGCCUUGACGGUCCCCAACGCUGCUCCAGCCCAUGUGUCACCCCACCAUUUGGCUCCCCACGCAGUGGCGGCCUCUUCCUCUCCAGAGACAUCCCCCGGGAAACUCGAAGCAGCAGCAGCGAGAGUCUCAUCUUCUCUGGGAACCAGGGCAGGGGACCCUCUCCCUCCACCCCUUCUUCCCUUAGCAGUUCCAUCCCUUGCCGCGAAAGCAGGGCCUCAGGAUCCCCGCUGGCAACUCCUCCAGGUUGGGAGAAAGGGCUCCGGGCCCCACAGCGGGGCAGCAGGGUCUCUGUGCUGUCGGCCAGUCCCGUAUCAGAUGUCAGCUAUGUGUUUGGAAGCAAUCAGUCCCUCCCCCACUCAAGCCUCUCCAGCUAUCCGUCGUCUUCUAGAUCCUUGGCAAGUCCAGCCAGCUCAUCUUCCAGCCUCCACAGCCUGGACCGAGGAUCCCAGUGUGUGAGACCUAGUGAUGCCCAGGCUCCUAGUAACCCCAUACUGGGCAUGGGCCAGCCCCAAGCAACGCAGUCUACUCCAGUGGCUAAGGAGCAGGCCAGUAGCUGUCCCCCAUCUGUCACCAACUCCGUGGUGGACAUACCUAUAGUGCUCAUCAAUGGGAGCCCAGAACCACAGUCUCCCCCAGCCCAGCGGACACCAGGACACCAGGACUCUGUCCAAUCUAGGGCUACAUCUCCCAGCAACCUCUGUCAAGCCACCAAGAGCCACAGCAAGACUAUGCCGGGUGUUCCUGUCACUGCAUCUCCAGAAGGUCCUGCCAAGGACAUGCAGCCCACCAUGAAGUUCGUGAUGGACACAUCGAAGUACUGGUUUAAGCCAAGCAUCACUCGAGAGCAAGCAAUCAGUCUGCUGAGGACGGAGAAGUCGGGCGCCUUUGUCAUCAGGGACAGUUCCUCCUACCGGGGCUCCUUCGGCCUUGCCCUGAAGGUACAAGAGACCCCAGCAUCUGCUCCAAACCGACCAGGUGAGGACAACACUGACUUUAUCCGUCACUUCCUGGUCGAGUCGUCAGCCAAGGGGGUGCAUCUGAAAGGAGCGGAUGAGGAGCCCUACUUUGGGAGCCUCUCUGCCUUCGUGUGCCAGCACUCCAUCAUGGCCCUGGCCCUGCCCUGCAAACUCGUCAUCCCACAGAAAGAGCUGGGAGGUGCAGAUCCUGCAACAUCGGACUCCCCGACACAUGGCCAGACCUCUUGCCUGAAGAUAUCAGCCGGUUGCCACACGCUGUACCUGAGCUCUGUGAGUGUGGAGACCCUGAGCGGAUCCCUGGCUGUGCAGAAGGCUAUCUCAGUCAUGUUGGAGAGGGAUAUCCUUCCCACACCCACUGUCGUCCACUUCAAAGUUACUGAACAGGGCAUCACUCUGACAGACGUCCAGAGGAAGGUGUUCUUCCGACGGCAUUACCCACUCAUCGCCCUCCGCUUCUGUGGAAUGGACCCUGAGCAACGGAAGUGGCAGAAGUACUGCAAGCCUUCCAGGAUCUUUGGGUUUGUGGCCAAGAGCCAGACAGAACCACAAGAGAACGUGUGCCACCUCUUCGCAGAAUACGAUGCAGUCCAGCCGGCUUCCCAGGUCAUCAGCCUGGUGACUGCUCUGCUUCAGGACACAGAAAGGAUGUAGGGAGAAGGGUGUUGUCUCUGUGUGCCUUCUCUGACAUCUCAAGGGACUUGCCCGGGACAGGGAACUGUGGCCACAUUGACAGGCCUAUCUCUUGGACUUGAGGAUCGAUCAUGUUGAACCCUUUGAUCCUGCUGUGACUUCAGCAAUAACCUUCAAUAACCCGGCUCUGGAGCCUCAGUGUCUUCAAUCAGAAAGACACCCAUCCUUAAGACGACUGCUCUUGGACACUGGGCUGGGAGUCAUCAGUGUGUUCUUCCAUGCUACUGAAACCCACCCACAUCCAAGACUCCCUGUGUAAAAAGUGUCCGCAAGGACCCUCUGGCUUUAGCAGACUGAGCACUCCCUACAUGGCAGGUUACACCACAGACCUACUAGCCCUGCUUUGUAGUGAACAGCUGGUGCUAGAUCAGAACCCAUAGGUUUCCUGGCUGGCACCUGAUGUUGAUGCGUGCAGUUUGGGGACAGAUUCUGUUUCCCCACACCUGUUCCUUUCCUUGGUUUGCUGAGGGCCAUUUGGAUCCACUGGCCUAGGAUUCUUUUCUUUUCAAGCGAUUUAAAGGUUUGGGGCAGAGGAUGUAUGUAUGUAGCUCAAUUGGUAGAGUAAUUGCCCAACAUGAACAGGACUGGGUUUGCUCACCAGCCCCACAAACCAUGCAUAGUGGUGAAUGGUGGUAAUCCCAGCACUAGAAGGCAGGAAGAUCAGAAGUUCAGGGUCAUUCUUAGCUACAUAAUGAGUUUAAGGCAAGUCUGAGCUACACGAGACCCUGCUGAGAGAAAGAGAGAGAAAGGUAUACACGCGCAUGCGCACACGCGUACACACACACACACACAAUGGGGGCGGGGUUAAAGUUUUCAUAGAUCUCAGCUGAUGGUUAUAAAAGCCUUUACCUGAAGAGCCCACACUCCAACUCAGAGCUGGGGGCAUCUCUCUAUAAAAGAACUGCUGAGUUGAAUGGGCAGGAGUCUACAAGGUUCAGUCUAUGAUGGGGAGGGGACCAGGUCAAGGGCCUCAGCCAGAGCAGACUAGGCUGCCACUGCGCAUGGAUCCCAUAAUGCAACCCACUUCAGCUUGCUUCAGUGGGAAGGGGCAUCAAAUGCAGCCUGCCCCAAGGUUGUCAGAGUCAAGUCUGUACUGAACAGGAGUGAGUUUUCACACCCCUGCAUGUUCUGCUUUGUAAUGAAGAUUCUGUCAGUGUGGCCUUCUCCACUGCAGUAUUCACAAUGUUCUACCAUCUUGAGAUCUAGCUAUUACAGUUUGUUCAACUCCUCGCUGUCUGGUGGAACAUUCUGGAUUCCUUGGAUUUUUAGGUGUAAUUUGCCAAGGUCUUGGAAUCUUUCCCCCAAGAGCAUGCUAGAAAGAUCCCUGGACUCUGCCAUUACAAGCAUAGCCUCUUGUCUAACUUUAUCAAUUAUUCUGUGAUGUUUUUGGGUUUUUGAGGUUUUGUUUUUGUUUUUGUUUCUCUGUGUAGCCCUGGCUGUCCUGGAACUCACUCUGUAGACCAGGCUGGCCUCAAGAUCUUCCUGCCUCUGCCUCCCAAGUGCUGGGAUUAAAGGCGUGCGCCACCACUGCCUGGCUGUUCUGUGAUGUUGAAUCAGGAUUCUAAAGGCUAGCUUUGGUUGUGGCCUGUUAUGCUAGCUCAGUAGAAGACCCUUAUCCCCAUGAUCAGGAAAGACUCAGCAGUGUUCACAUUCUUCAUGUCUAAUUCCUCCUUGCCCAUCCAUUGCAAAUGAAAAUCACCCCAAUGUUUGCUCUCAGUUUCUUGGUAAGCUACUGCUGCCUGACAUUGCUCUAGGAACCCACAUCUGGUGGAUAGGAGAAGAGAAACCCUGUUGUUAUAGUACAGCGUGUAUCUCUGCCCCAGCUACAGUCUUGCUGGGUCCUCCAGCCCCUACACACAUACACACACACACUGUACACACCCACCCACACACACACACACUCCUAACCAUGUGGCAUCACCAACUUUAAAACCACAAGGGGGAAGCAAAGAGUCAAGAAUGCAAAGAGGCAGCUUUCCCAGCUGGUUAAGGAAGCUGAGUCCUUUUCCUCCCACACCCUGCCAGCCCUGCAUAAGCCGCUUGUUGCUCUUGGUCCCGUCCGCCUGCCUCCUUAAGAGACCAUUCCAUGGCAUGCCAGGGGAAGCUCACAGAAGAAGCCCACUGUAGCUCAGUGUGAGGCAAGUGUUUGUCCCUGCCUGCCAUCAGCCUACAGAGCAUCGUUGUCAUUGGCCAAGGUCAAGCCUGAGGGAUUAUGAUUUCAAUGCAGGAAAAGCAAGUCAACCUCAGGGUGGGGGGCGUUAGGCCAGUGGUACAGGCCAAGGCCAGCCCUCCCAGCAAGAGAUCAGGUUCUGUUCCACGCCUGGGGUCUGCAGGAUAUUAGCAAAGUUUUCCCAGUUAGUUGUGCCCAGUUCUAGGCUGAGUGGGAGAGUCCUCCACACCCUCACUGUGUGCCUCAUGGGAAAUAAAGUCGCUUAGCACCC